AAAGAGUAUCAGUUCUAAAUUGUUUGUACAACAAAUCAAAAAUACAAAAAACCAAUCUACAAAAUGAAAUUCCUUAUCUGUUUGGCUCUUUUCAUCGCUGCUGCCCAAGCUGGUGUUUUGGCUCCUGUAACUACUUAUAGUGCUGUAGCUCCUGCUUACACUACUUAUGCUGCUGCCGCUCCUGCCUAUAGAACUUAUGCUGCUGCUGCUCCCGCCUACACUGCCUACGCUGCUGCUCCUGCCUACACUGCCUAUGCUGCUGCUCCUGCUUAUAAGACUUCAGCUUACACUACCUACUCUGCCGCUGUUCCCACCUAUACCUCUUCUGUUUAUAGUGCUGCUCCUUUAGCUUAUACAGCUCCAGUUGCCACUUACUCUACUUUGUUGAAAAAGUAAUUAAGUUGAAGGAAGAUUUAUUGAACUAACAGGCUUUGUUAUAAUGAUUUUUAAAUGAAUAAAUAAUUUAUUUUAAAAUAA